UUCGGUGACGUCGUCUUGCUUGCUUCGCGGCUGACAUUUAGUUAGUUGCAGUCACAUGUGGCACGAGGGCGCCGGUGGGCUUUCUUGAAAUAAUGGCCAUUUCACGCAAAAAUCCAGAGUGUCCGUAAAUAUUUUAAAGAAUAAAUGGCGGGAAAAAGAUUCGAUUUGCGGGAAAUUUGAAAUAAAAAAAACAAACGAGAGUGCGGUGAAUUCAAUUCAAAUAUUUUUCUUCGUACGUAUUUAUGCACAGAAGGAAAAUAAUAUAAUUGAUUGUAACAAUUUUAAUAUGACCUCAGUAUUAAGAAUUACGUGGGAAUUUGUGAAGAGUCGCUUUUUCGUGAUAACAUGGAUCUCAUUAGUAACUUACAUUUUUUACAACACAUUCAUUUUGUAUCUCAAUGGACGACAGUUUUAUUAUUUAAGAAAAAUUUUAGGGUUAGGACUAUGUGUUUCCCGCGGGACGGCUUCGGUCCUCAAUGUGUGUUGCGCUUUGGUGCUGUUACCUUUAUGUAAGAAGCUCAAUCAGGUGUUAUACAGGGUGCUCUCUGAGUUCUGGCCCGGCGUUUUUUUCUUUUGGCUAGAGAAAGCCAAAAGCUUUCAUAUGACCGUUGCUGUCACUCUCCUGGUGUUUGCUGUUGUACAUUCCAUAUCACACUUUGUUAAUCUAUGGAAUUUUUCAAGAGGCUACGAUGACAGCUUAAUUGAAAUUAAUUUGGCGCGAUAUAAAAAUGAGAGCCCUCUCCUCCUCCUUCUGAGCCAAGUCGGCCUGACAGGAGUCACGAUGCUGGUAAUCAUCAUCUGCAUGGGCCUAACGUCAAUGCGAUCUGUGCGCAGGAGGCUCUAUAACGCGUUUUGGUAUACGCAUCAGCUUUAUCUGCUCUUCUUGGCGUUACUGAUAGUGCAUCCUUUAAGUGGGGUGUUAAAAGAAGAAAUAAUAAACGAUGAAGCUAGUCAAAAUCCUAGUCAGUCCGACGACACACUUUUGGCUAAUAACACUUCCAACCACAAAUUUACUUCAAUUAAAUCCAUGACUUGGGCGUGGAUGGCGUUCCCGCUCUCCUGUUUUUUUGUUGAUCUCAUAUGGCGCAUUUUCUCCAGGAAUCGUACAAAAGUUACUGUAAAAGAUGUAUCUCACAUGCCUGGUCGUACUAUGGCGCUCAGUUUGAGCUGUCACGACGAAUUCCGCUGUCGCAUGGGACAGUAUGUCUUGCUGCAAUGUCUGGACAUUUCUCUGCUCGAGUGGCACCCUUUCACUGUGGUCAGGCUUCCAACAUCUAGUCAUGGAGAUUUUGUUAUUUGGAUACGGGUGAAGGGAGAUUGGACGGAGACGUUGGAAAAUAUCCUACUUCGACGAGAAUCCGACCAAAUCAGUAUAUUAGUGGACGGACCAUUCUCAAGUCCGAUGGAGGACGCGAGCCACGCCGCGCUGUCGUUGUGUGUGGCGGCCGGCGUUGGCAUCACUCCGUUUGUCAGUUUGCUGCACCACUUGUUCACAAAUCCAAGGAGUAAAUUACCCGGCAGAAUUCAUUUGAUAUGGAUUGUGAGAUAUGAAGAAGAGAUAACAUGGCUCGCAGAUUUAGCAAAUAAAACCAUAACGCAGCUCAGGAAUGCUAACAGACCAGAUCGCCUGCAUUUAGAGAUUUACGUUACCAACACAUCCAAAAUUGAACCAAAUGUUGUUAGCGACAAGCAACAAAUUAAUGUAACACAUACGGUAGUCAUCAAUGAAAAAGGACGUCUAUGCCAUACGAUACGUAAAGGAGAUAAAAUCACUAAUGAUGAUGAAAAAGCAAUGCUUUUGACGCCAAAUGUAAAAAGGCAUGAAUUUAACGAUAAGAAAUAUAGCAAUAAUAGACUAGAAUUGAAUGAUUAUAAUAUAGCCAAAGAGUAUCCUUUAUUGGGAUGCAGAGUUAAAAGAGGUAGACCUCAUUGGGAUAAAGUUUUUGGUUAUUGGGUUCACUUAUAUCCACAACAAAAUUUAAACGUAUACAGUUGUGGUCCAAAGAAAUUAGUAAAAACAUUAAGAAAUAAAUGCAAAUACGUAUCAAGAACAACAAGAAACAGUUUUACACUUAUUCAUGAAGGUUUUUCUUGAUUUGUCUGGGACUUUCAAAUUUGUCAUUUCAAAAUUUGAUAAUCAUUGGUUAUUUUGUUAAGCAAAAUAAACAUCUACUUAUUCAAAUUA